CUACUACAAUAUUAAGGAAGUAAAUUACAAUUGGAAACAUAUAUUUUGAUUAAUGGUGAGAGGUUGAUCGAUUGAUGUGUAUUCAGAAAUUGCAGUGUAAGGACCAGUUUAGAGCCAUCCACCCAGAUGUCUGGAAUUAUUGCAGACCCAACAGCGUUGGACGCUGAUUCCACAGGGGUACUUGUUUCCGUCGCUUUGGAUAUUGGAACUUCUUUUUCAGGAUUCGCAUUUCUGACACGAAAUGAUUUCAAAAUAAACCCUUUGAAAGUCCAUUGCAAGCAUUGGCAUGUUGGCGAGUUAGGAACACUGUAUAAAACUAAAUCAAUUAUACUAUUAAACCAAAUGAAAGAGUUUGUUGCAUUUGGGUAUGAUGCUGAGAAUAUCUAUGCACAAAUGAGUGUCGAUGAAGCAAAGGAAUACUAUUACUUUCGAUACUUUAAAAUGGCGUUAUAUGAAGAGCAUCAAAAGGAACUGCGGAAGAAUAUGAAGAUACAAGAUGAAAGCGGUAAAAAGAUGCCAGCUUAUAAAGUAUUUGGAGAAGCAAUCAAAUUUUUAAAGGAUACAGCAUUAGAGGAACUUAUGAAAUCAUGUGUUAUUAAAGAAACAGAUGUUAAAUGGAUCAUAACUCUUCCUGCUAUAUGGAGUGAAUCUGCAAAACAGUUUAUGGUGUAUGCAAGUAAAGAGGUUGCAGGGAUAGCAGAAAAUAAAUUAGAAAUCACACUAGAACCAGAGUCUGCAGCAUUGUGCUGCAACUAUUUAGCUUUAGAGAGGAACGAUGAAACUUCCGUAAACUUGAAGACGUUUGACAAUGGACGGAAAAUCAUGAUUCUAGAUUUAGGAGGUGGUACCGUGGAUAUAACGACGUAUCAAGUUACAACAACUGAAGGUAAAAAUAAAUUAAGAGAAAUAUACAAAGCAACUGGCGGACCUUGGGGAGGUAGAAAGGUUGAUGAAGCAUUUGAGGAUUUCUGGAGAACAUGCAUAGGAACAGAGACAUGGACACAACUAAAGCUGGAAUAUAGAGAUGAAAUCUAUGAAUUUUUUAACAGAUUUGAAAUACAGAAAAGAAGUUAUAAACACGAAUCUAGAGGAGAAAUAUUACUAACGCUGCCAGAAUGCAUACGUGAAAUUGAAGGAUUAUCAGGUCUAUUAAGAAAACAAAUCGGAGAUGUUUCGAUAAAGAGAGGCAAAAUAACAUUCAAGAACGAAAUAUUUACGAAGUUUUUCGAUGCUUCCUUGAGAGGAACAAAUGGAGAAGGGCUGAUUAAAACGGUAGACGACUUAUUUUCAAAUGAAGAAAUGGCAGACAUAUAUGCAGUGCUGAUGGUAGGAGGAUUUUCGGAAUCUUCAAUUGUCCAGUCUGCUAUCAAGGAAACGCUUAGUCAGAAAAGCGAGGCGAAAGUAUUUGUUCCAACUGACCCAGGAUCCGUGGUGUUAAAAGGUGCUGCCAUUUAUGGAUUUGCACCAGAUAUAAUCACGGAAAGAGUCAUUCGUCAUACGUAUGGCAUAAGUACUCGUGUAGUAUUUGAUGAAGAAAAGCAUUCUCGCUCAUCUCCCCACUACCACAAAGUAGAAAAGGAAGAAUACAUAGAAGAUAAAUUUCAUCCAUUUGUAAGAGCAGGCGAUACAUUUCGACCCGGGGAACAGAAGACGCACAAUUUUAACGCAGUGGGAGUUAAUUCUGGUGGAUCAUUAGAAAUUGAUGUGUAUGCGUCAACGGAGAGAGAUCCUGAAUACACACGAGAUCCACAUGGUAUAACCACAUGGAAACUAGGUUGUGUGAGUUUCCCUAAAUUUGACAAGCAAUACCUUGGAACAACUGUUACCGUAAAUAUGACUUUCGGAAGUACUAGAUUACUUGUAAAUGCAAAACUCGAAAAUGGCGACGAUGUUGAUUGCAGUCUUAAUUUAUUAAAGUAAAAAAACCUAGGCAUAUUGAAUGAUCACGAGAACAGACGUUAGAUAGAAAUAAUUAUGUGUUUAUUCAAUGUUUACUGUUUUUCUAUAUUUGUAUUAAUGUGUUUCGCGGUCACAAACCCAUUAUGUGAAUCUACCAUUAUUACCCUGUUGCCAUGUGUCUGUAUUUAACAUAAAAUACUUCAUUUAACU